AUGGCACAGAAAGCAGCGAAGACGCAGGCAACGCGCAAUAGCGCCACCUUGAACCGUACUCAUCUGAUCUCAUUAGGCGUAUACAUCUUCUUCCUGCUCGUUCGCACAUCUUUAUUCAAGCGGAAAUUGUUACCUUUCAUUGUCAUCACUCUACCUGCGAUGGGCAUCGAAAUCUGGUUCGAACGGAUUGGCCGCCCUAGCUACACCGAAGGAUCCAGCGGCAAAGAACUCCGCAAAGCUGGCGAAGACCUAGAGGCCAAAGGCUUAACCGAGUGGAUGUGGGACAUCAUCUACUGGACAUGGGGCUGCACAGUCUUCGCCACGCUGCUGGGCGACUGGGCUUGGUGGUUCUACCUUGUCGUGCCUGCGUACGCGGUGUAUCUGGCCUUCACCACUUACUCAGGUAUGCGAGAAGGGUUCAGCGGGCUCAAUGCCGGUGCUGGUGGGCAGGGUACUUCGACUGCGACACCGUCGCAGAGCAAGCGGCAAGCGAAGAUCGAGAAGAGAGGUGGACAGCGGGUCCAGUACCGCUAA